UUUGAUACAUAUAUCUUCAUAUUUAUAUGCACCUCACUCCCCAUUUUCCACUCAACCAAUUCCAAAUUCUCAACUUUCCUAACUUUAGCAACCAUCCAAGAAGUUGAUCAGUUCCUUGUCUCUCCUUGAAUUAUAAAACCAUUCACAGUCUUGAACCCAAUUUCACUCUUUGCACCUCAAACACCUUAUAAGCCUCAAUUUCACAACCAAAAAUGCAAAGUUCAAUCUCACAAUCUGAGAUUUGCAUCACUGAUUACCUUCUACCCCAAGAAGUUCCAUCUCAAUUUCAAUUUCCAGAUAUGAGCAACAAUAACAUACCAAUGAACCAUACCAACCUUCAAAUGCCUCAAAUCACAUCUUUCUCCAAGCCUCCAAGGUCCUCAUCAAAUCUAAGCAACCGCAAACCGUCCUUGAGAAACAUCACAAUCCCUUCCAUAACCUCAGGUCUUACAACAACUAUGUCACAAACAAUAACAACAACAACAACAAUAGCUACAACCAUGUAUAACAACAAUCAAGUUACUUCUUCUUCAGAUGAAACCAACAACAUCAAAGAGAACAAGCACUAUAGAGGGGUUAGAAGAAGGCCAUGGGGCAAGUAUGCUGCAGAAAUCCGUGACCCUAAUAGAAAAGGCUCAAGGGUGUGGCUUGGAACCUUUGACACAGCCAUAGAAGCUGCCAAGGCUUAUGACAAAGCUGCUUUCAAGAUGAGAGGGAGCAAAGCCAUAUUGAAUUUCCCUUUGGAGAUUGGAGAGUCAGAGGAAUCAGUCUCAAGCUGCAUCAAGGUUGGUGUGAAGAGGGAAAGAGAGGAAGAGAGUAAAAGCAACAACUAUGAGAAAAGUGAGUUUAACAACAAUAAUAAUAGUAAUAAGCAUGUGAAGAAAGAAGAGUGUUCUCCCAAAGCUGUUUGCCCUUUGACUCCAUCAUGUUGGAAAGGCUUUUGGGACACUGAUGUUAUGGGAACUAUCUUUAGUGUGCCUCCUUUGUCACCACUAUCUCCACUAAUGGUUGUUUGAGAUUGUGGACUUUCGCUAUUUCAAUGAUGGUUUGAGGUAACCAAAUUAAGGAGAGAUGAUGCUGGUGAUUGUCCUCUCUGAUUUAGGUUGGUAAUUUGCGUAAAUCAAAAUGGUAGUACUAAUUAAUCUACUAAUAGAUUAAUUUGCAAGUGAAGAUAUAUGGGUUUGUAUAAUGUAAAUAUAGGAUAGUAUGAAGCAAGAUUUUUUUGUUUGUUAAAAAAAAAAAAGCUCUCAUGCUUAUCUUCUUCCCUUAGUUAUGUUUCAUUUGGUCAAGAAAUGUACUGUACUUGAAGCAACAUUGAAAUUUGUUUAUUCGUUUAUUGGAGAAAAUAUGUCGUCCAUUGGAAUUGCCGUCAUUGAAAGUUGAAAAUAGCUGGUGACAUUAUUUAUUGGA